UCAUGGGCUUUAGGGCAACGCUAACGAGACGAUAUAAAGCAAGUGAUGGUUCAUUUUCUUACCCCUCUCGUUCUGUUCUUGAGUAGGGUUUUUGCUUCUUCUUCAACGCCCUCCUUUUCUCAGUCGAACCGGGCUUCUUCGAAAAUGACCAAAAGAACCAAGAAGGCGGGUAUUGUUGGAAAAUAUGGCACCCGUUAUGGGGCUAGUCUGCGGAAGCAGAUUAAGAAGAUGGAGGUCAGUCAGCACAGCAAAUACUUUUGCGAAUUCUGUGGGAAGUAUGCAGUGAAGAGAAAGGCUGUCGGAAUUUGGGGAUGCAAGGACUGUGGCAAAGUGAAAGCAGGCGGUGCUUACACGUUAAACACUGCAAGUGCUGUGACUGUUAGGAGCACCAUUCGAAGGCUCAGGGAGCAAACUGAGAGUUAAAUAAAUCUGCAUUUAUUUGUGGAUGGAUGUAAACUUUAGCACUAGACAAGUUGGCUUUCUAAUUCACUUCUGGUUUUGGUUGGGUACUUGCUUUUUCAGAAUUUUUGAAACUGAUGAAUCAAAUUUAUGAUUCGGAAGAUUUUUGUUUUAUCUAUAUUAGUCUUUUCUUUUAAUCUUGCUUGGAUCCUAAAAGUGGAUGAUUGCACUUGUACGACAUGCUAAAGUGAAUUUUAAAUGGCUCAAGGUCGUUCGUUGAAGCUUGCAGCUUCCACAUACUUCUCUUCGCAGGGAUUCUAUAUUUACACGAUGCUGCUUUACUUUUCUAUUUUGUAACCUCCUCUCCAAACUGUCUUGGUAACCCGUGUUCUUGCGGAGAGAAUAUUCAAUGUAAUGGUAUUACUACGUUAUUAAUUACAUGUGGU